AACGGCGGGCAAGGCCGCCAUGUUGAAUCGGUCUCGUUAAUUUUUGCGAGGAGCCGUCGCGAACUUUUCCUCCGCGGUCGCGCGCGCGCGCGCGCGCUCUUUCUCUCUCUCUCUCUCUCUCUCUCGGGGAAGGUAGUGGCAUAGCUGCGCUCAAGGUUGCGCGUCGUCGCCCGGGCAUCGCGCGAAUCGUUCGGCCGACAGGUCGCAGGCAGGCGGCCAGGAGGGCGCCCCCGUCUUUCCCCUGUUGCCACAACUCCGCCGGUAUACGAUUGGUGGUCCGAGUAAGCGUCCGACUCUCGGCUCUUUCUCUCCGCGGCUCUUCCUUCUCUGUAUGCCUCGUCUACCGUGUCACGUCGGCCAUGCACGCUCGGUGCCCGUCUACGUUGCCGUUGCCGUCGUCGUGUCUUCGUUACUCGCGAUCCCGCACCAGAGAGAGAGAGCCCCGCAGACGCACGCCCGUCUCUGGUGAUACGCGACGAGCGGCACGCGUGUGAGAGAGUUCUUAUUAGUCGCGGAAACGUCGGCGAUUGCCAGUCAGUGAAGUGCGCCUGAAAGAAUAGACGAGGACGAGAGGUGAGAGAGAGAGAGAGAGAGAGAAAGAGAGAGAUAUCGAGCGAGAGAAAGAGAGGGUGAGCGAGAGACAGAGAGAGGAGUGUUCACGACGACACGGCGAUGAUGGUGAUGAUAACAUUUGAUAAGUGAACGAAUCCGGACAGACGCGGAUAAAUAGACGGACGAAGGACGACGCAGAGAAAAGAGAGAGAGAGAAAGAGAGAGAGAGGGACGGACGGACGGACCGGCCGGUCGGCCGACCACACACGUGUGUACUGACCACAGAUAUGCGAGGCGUGCACGCCAUGUCGAGUGAGUGAGUGACGGCGGUGAGUGCAGUGAGUAAUACAUUGUAGCGUGGCGUGCGUCCCGCGAUACAUAGGUAGAGCGCGCGCCGCGAAGAGUGACGGAGUGAACGCAGUGUGAAGUGAGCCGAGAGAGAGAGAGAGAGAAAGAAAGAAAGAAAGAAAGAAAGAAAGAGACACAUACAUACACAGAGUCAGAGAGAGAAAGAAAGAGAGAGAGAGAGAGGAAGAAACGACCGGCUGUAGAAGGAAGGAAGGGUAACACCGUCGAAGCGGCCGCCGUGACCAGAGAGCGCGGCUCUACGUUCUACUUCGCCGUGUGUGUACAUCAAAUCAGCCCAGCUCGCGUAUGUCAACCGAUCCACGCCGUCAAUUCCCCGGAUCGUCCUCCAUCGACCUCCGAGAGUGACCGUCGCCCGAAAGAAUGGAGGCCAUGGAUCUGGACGGGGAUGCGGUGGUGGAUCUGAGUGUCAGCAGCAGUGGCAGGCGUAGUUCCCCAUCUGUUUCUGUGAAUUCCGGAGACGUGGCGGUGCCGUUGGACUUGGGUAUCCACAUCUCCACUAGCCCUAAUUUAGAGAACAACAUGCCGGAGGCUCGUAACAUACAAAACGCGGCGCGAGGCAUCCUGGCUCCCAAAUCAGGGGAGGAUCGCAAGACACGACGUAGUCUCAGACCUAGAAUAGAGAGAAGUUAUGCCGAGAGUCCUGAUGAGCCCAGAAUAAAUGGAUACCUGAAUGGAAACGCAUCGGACAGCGAGGAAGGUGAGCUGCCUCCUCUGCUGCCUAUCAAGGAACUGUCGAGCGACGAGUUAGCCGAACGCGAGAGGAUGCUCAGGAAGCUGAAGGAAGAGCUCAAGUCCGAGGAGAUGAAGCUGGUGCUGCUGAAGAAGCUGCGUCAGUCUCAACAGCUGAAGGAGAAUAUUGCGGUGCCGAAAGCCCCCAGCAAAUUGCCACCGCCAGUAACUGCAGUGCAGCAGGCGCCUCACAGUCACAGAACAGGGAAAGCACCGCCUCCGUUACUCAGGGGCCAACCAGCACCAAGCAGAAGUAGUAGUUUGCAUGCUCCACCACCAGGCAUGGUGUUGCCGCCAACAGCGGGCCGAAACGCAACUAUCUCGAGUACAGGGAUACCUCCGAAUAUGGUGAUACCUCAGCCACCUCAUUCUAGGGGCAGACCGCCCAGCACGACGCCGAAUGUGUCGAGUUACCACGCGCCGGCGGACAGAACAGAAAGAUCCACCAAGGAUCCGACGCCAGCUCCCGCACAUCAACUGCUUGUUGGAUCGCAGGAAAAUAAAACCACCGCAUCCUUAAGCACGCCUGUGAAUUCGGAACAGGAGCGACCACGGGAGGAUAAUCAGACACCUGCUCAACGUCAAGCAGCCGCCAAAUUAGCCUUAAGGAAGCAGCUUGAGAAGACACUACUGCAAAUACCACCGCCGAAACCGCCGCCUCCGGAGAUGCAUUUUGUACCGAACCCCUCCAACACGGAGUUCAUAUAUCUGGUCGGUUUGGAGCACGUGGUUGAUUUCAUCACAAAGGAACCGGCUAUACCGCCACCUCCCGAGCCGUUCGAGUGUUCGCAGUGCAAGACCGAUUUCACACCAGUAUGGAAGUGGGAGAAACCUCUGCCAGGUGCUAACAAGGACAGUCCCAGAGGACAACACGCGACCUUCCAGCGACCCGCGGCGGGUCGCGAUCCGAAAGUUAUAUGCGAGCAUUGCGUGACGACUAACGUGAAGAAAGCGUUAAAAGCAGAGCACACCAAUCGAUUAAAGACUGCUUUCGUGAAAGCACUGCAGCAGGAACAAGAGAUAGAACAAAGGCUAGCGCAAGCGGCGUGUCCGAGUCCGGAUCCUCCUGCUCCGAAACCAGUUCCUAAGGCAGCCACUCCCACGAGAAGAGUAGCCACACCACCUGCGCCUCUGCCGCAGGUACCUCCGGCACCGACGUUGACGCCAACGCCGCCAGCGCCGAAGUUGCAAGAACAUCCUCUAGUAAAACUGGCUGAAAGUGGAAAGUUCAGCCCGCACCACGCAGCGGCUGCAGCGGCUUUGCAGCAACAGUUGCUGAGAGGUAGGCGAAGCCGUGUGGACACUCAUCAAAGUUACAGAAACACAAAAAUGAUCAAACUGGCGAAAAAUCCGGUGCCGGGCAUACCGCCGCAUCAGCCUCUGCCCGCUCACAUGAUGCCGCCGUUCACUUCGAUAUUGUACCCCUAUCAAUUGGCGAUGGCGCAGGCUGCCGGUGGUAAGGGUCUUGUCGAACUGCAACGACAAGCGGCAGAUCUCCAACGUCAGUAUCUGCUCGACAUGAUACCGUCGCAGGCGUCUCAGGCGCAAGGCAACCAAGCGCCACCGAGGGCUCAUCCGCACAACUGGAAGACGUAACCGGACGCAUUUAAAAGAACGAACAGUUAAACGCGCGCUCGGAUGUUGCGGCGUGCGCACACGUGUGGUAACGGGAAUACGGAGACUCUCCUGCUCCUCUGUGUUUGUUAUGUAUAUCUAUUGAUGAUGAAAAAGGGAGGGGGGACUCUCUCUCUCUCUCUCUCUCUCUCUCUCUCGGGGAGUGUCGUUUCCGAGCGCCGUGCACGAUUGACCACGGCUCUCGCUCUCUGUCUCUCUGUGCACCUAAUGAACAUUUUAAAUAACUUUCACGCCGAUCGAUAUCGACGUUGACGUCAAGGUGAAGCUCAAAUUGAUACAUGUUCGAGAAAUGACUGCGUAUAUAAGUAUUGUGUAAAGAGUGAUUAAUCGUUGUGAAUAUAUGUCAAUUCACAUGUGUGUACGUAUGCAAGACUUUAUCGUUAUGUCCAAAGGAUUUAAGGUUUUAUUUUCAGCCAUCGAAUGUCUCUUAACGCGAUGAUUAGUUCGAGUACGCGAACGUCGCUUAAAGGAGAAAAGAGGAAACGAAAAAAAAAAAGAAACGUUUCGACCGCGUAUCGAUUUCCCCGAUGGGGACUAACGGAAUUUUUCACGGAAUUAUUUUUUUCUUUUUCGUAAAUAGUAUGUAUGCAUUAUUGUUUUUCCUUAUUGUCCACAGAAAUAGUAAAUAAACGUAAAAAAUGAUAAUCGAAUUGUGUCUACGAACAUAUUAAUAACUUGGGUACGAAAUAUCUAAACGAGAGAACACAGUCGUUUGAAUUAUUAUCAUACGAUAUAAUAUAAAGAACCAAAUAAAUAUCUACAAGGCACUAACUAAACCAGAUAAUAAGUGUUGAAACACGACUACGAAUCGGUUGAUUAACGAUAAAAUAGCUGUGUGAUUACGAUGGGGCGGGACGGGGGAAGGGUAAGGAUGGAAAAAAGAAGAGAAGGAGGUGGAGGAGGAGGAGGAGAGACGAGUGCGACGCGAAGUGUCGUUACGAAGUCGAUGGUGAAAGAAUCUUUUUUAGGCUCUCGUUAGGUGGUUAAGCCGAUCUUUGCCGCGCUGGUUUCAACGUGUUUUUUGCGACCACCCGGCAGUACCUGUACUAUGUGUAUAUCUCUUUAUUUUCUUCGAAUUGUAUUUUUAAGAGAAAUUUCACGCAAGAUAGAGUUGCGUAAUUACGUAAGACGGAGGAGACGAAGGAUGAACUUUGUAAGGCGCGUGUGUGUGUGUGUGUGUGCGUGCGUGUGCGCGUAUGUUGGUGCGUGUGUAUGUGUGUGUGUGUGUGUGUGUGUGCGCGCGUGUGUAUAUGUGCGCUCAUGCACGCGUACGUAUGUGCGUUAGUAAUUAGCAAGAAGAAAGCGAAUGUGGGAGUGAUAUAGCAAUCUUUUUGUUUUUUCUCUCUGUCUCUCUCUCUCUCCCCCUCUCCCUCUUUCUCUUUCUCUCGAUACACGGUGGAGCAUGUAUCGGCGAAUUUCUCAUGGAGUGACACACAUCCGUGUCAUCCGCGCACAAAAUAAUACGAAUUUCUCUCACACGUAACUCGCGCAUACAGCUCGCGUGUAUCGGACUCGGUCGUGACUCUCUCGGCCAUCGAGAUCACAAGACUCAACGACUUUGGAGUUCUCGGCGUUAACGCGAGACCACAGCGAUGGCCAGCGAUGGUGUGUUAAUGUUGGUGAUUCGGGUUAACGCGCGACGCGAUUGAUUUUGUGUCACUUUUAAUGUAAAAGUAUUUAAAGAACUUACUAUAGGAGAUAAUCGAGGUUCUUUCCAAUUGUUACAAACGAACCGGCGACACCGCCGAAUUUUUACAACGUCCUCUGGAAAAGAAGUCUGCACUUAAACGAGUUAAAGGCAUCCGGCACUUGUCCCAGCAAGCUAUUAAUUACCAGUUCCUCCCGCUCUUCUCUCUCUCUCUCUCUAUCCAUCUAUCUAUCUUUCUCUCUCUGUCUCUCUCUCUCUCUCUCUCUUUCUCCACUAAUAGUCUGAUUUUAUUGAUUCUGGGCUAACCGAUCUUGAUCAUACAUUUCCGAAUCAAUUAAAAUAUAUAGUACUGUAGUCUUGAUAUUUCUUGGUAUAUGAUACAACUUAAUAAACUAAAAUAGCAUAAUUAUCUCUUUGUACUACGUGAUAGAUUUUGAACUCGUACUUGAUAUACAUGUACACCGUAAUAAGUCUACGAUCGCAUAAUAGAUCAAGAUCUGUGUUUUUUGUGUAAGAGAAAACAGAAUAAUAAUAUCGUCGACUAAUUACCGAUCAUCGGGGCACUACUACCAACGUUAUCGAUCUUUAAAUAAUGGUGAAGAAUCGAACAUACUUCGGGACUUUAAUUUGAUUUUUCGACUCUCUUGACUGCGAACGGCGAUACUCGGUGCUUUCUCUUCCUCUUCGAAAUUCACUCUUUCUCUCUCUCUCUCUCUCUCUUUCUCUUUCUCUCUCUAACGACGCAAGUGUGCCACAUAAGAGAAAAAAAAGAAAAAGAAAAAAACAUGCGUGACUCUCGAAAUUCACUACGUCGAUCCGGUUGAGAGUAAAUUGUUAUUAUUAUCGUCAUCAUCCACGGGUAAACCGACUGCGUCUUAUUCGGUGAUUAGAUUGCAUCUCGUUUCUUAUGGGAAAAAAAGAGAAUAAACACACGUUUCCUUCUAUCCUUUUUUUUUGUUCUAGCCUUGUCUUUCACAUCUUUGUGUGGUGCUGUUAGCGAUUAAGCGUACUCUGUCUCUCUCUCGGAUGUGUGGGAGAAAAUUUUAUACCCUGAGAAAACGAAAACGGCCCCAUUUCGCUACACGACAGGAACGAGGGAUGGUGAAAAAAUUCAGCGGGACUGUAGAAUUUCGAAAGAAAAGUUUCAUGGGGGGGAAAGAAGAAAAACGGAAACAAAUGCCGAAAAGAAAACGAGUUUGUCUGGCCGCGCGCGCUCCACGGGGACACGGACGUUUUAUCGUUGCAAAAAAAGAAAAAGAAAAACAAAACCGUCGAGAAGCCUCGAACGGACACUUUCGCCACAUCAACAAAGGACACCGUGACACGCGCACAUUCUUUUGAUUUUGUUACGACGAGAAACAAUGUUGCGUAUAUAUUCUUUGCCAAAAUUCGUGCAUUGAUCUUGAAGUGUCUGUCUAAAUGAGCAGCUCUGUCCCUACGAUUUAUAGAAUUAGUGGAUAAAUACAAGAUUACCGAAUACUCUGGAAACUGUAUGAAUAAAGCUUAUCAAUGAUUGUA